AUGAGGUACAUGCACAGUGCACAGUACCAGCUGCUGUGCGUCACCGGCCUGCUCACCUCCGACAGCGAGUACGAGGUACGUGCACAGUGCACAGUAUCAGCUGCUGUGCGUCACCGGCCUGCUCACAUCCGACAGCGAGUACGAAGUACGUGCAAAGUGUACAGUACCAGCUGCUGUGCGUCACCGGCCUGCUCACCCCCGACAGCGAGUACGAGAUACGUGCACAGUGUACAGUACCAGCUGCUGUGCGUCACCGGCCUGCUCACCUCCGACAGCGACUACGUGGUCCGCGCACAGUACAGCAGUACCAUCUGCUGUGCGUCACCGGCCUGCUCUCCUCCGACAGCGAGUACGUGGUCCGUGCACAGUACACAGUACCAUCUGCUGUGCGUCACUGGCCUGCUCUCCUCCGACAGCGAGUACGAGGUACGUGCACAGUACACAGUACCGUCUGCUGUGCGUCAACGGCCUGAUCACCUCCGACAGCGAACACGAGGUACGUGCACAGUGCGCAGUACCAGCUGCUGUGCGUUACCGUCCUGCUCACCUCCGACAGCGAGUACGUGGUCCGUGCACAGUACACACUACCGUCUGCUGUGCGUCACCGGCCUGCUCACCUCCGACAGCGAAUACGAGGUACGUGCACAGUGCACAGUACCAGCUGCUGUGCGUUACCGUCGUGCUCACCUCCGACAGCGAGUACGUGGUCCGUGCACAGUACACAGUACCGUCUGCUGUGCGUCACCGGCCUGCUCACCUCCGACAGCGAAUACGAGGUACGUGCACCGUGCACAGUACCAGCUGCUGUGCGUUACCGUCGUGCUCACCUCCGACAGCGAGUACGAGAUACGUGCACAGUGCACAGUACCGUCUGCUGUGCGUCACCGGCUGGAAGGUUUGGUCGGAUCACAGGAACCUGACAUAAACUUCUUGAAGUUUAGAUUGUUAUGUAGGCUGUAUAUUUUAUAUAACUAUCAGGCUUAUUAA